AAGCUUAAAAUAAAAGUUCCGUAUUCCUUCAUCAAAAGGAAUUGUGUAACCGACCCGAUUAAAAAAAUACGUUUUACACUGUUGUAAACGUUUGAUAUGGCUUAUUAAUUAAGGGUCGUUAAAAAGCUAUUUGGGCUGUUUUUAUUUUUUGAUUAAGGCGCAGAGUUAGCGACAGCUACAUUAGCUAAAGUUUUGAAAUGAAAGUCUAUAUUUUGAAAAUGCUAAAGGAACAUCACAGCUAAACAAGAGGCUAAAUGGAUUCAGACGCAGAAGUGGACAGAAUCCUAAGGCGGAGGGGUGAAGAUUACGAUGAGGAGAAUAAUUGGAAGAGGCCCCCUUCGAGUUAUGGUUCAAUGAGGAGUGAGAGUGAAUGUGAGGAAGAAAAACAAGGAGAAGGAGAUGGAAAUAAGAACGCUGCAGCCAUGUUACCUGGCUCCACUGCAAAUGGGCAGACAAGGUUUGAACCGAUUGGCUUUGGUUCCUACACGACGACAACAUAUCAUCCACCGUCAGGAGCUCUUUUCAUUCACACCAGCUCUGCGGACAUUGAACACUUUUCAGAGGAUGAUGAUGAGGAAAUGGAACGAGAACUGAUCGCCACCUCCCCAGAACCGCCUGAACCUGUGGAGCUAGAAGACACUACACAGACUGAUGAGAACAGCCAGCCGGGCAGACUACACCCAGAGCAAGAUCUGCCACAUAUAUUCAAGAGCAUCCAGAAUUGUCUUGGUAAACUUGACCCUCACAUGGAGCUUCACCAUUUCAAACAGUGGUAUUUACAUUUGGAUAAAAGCAUUCCACCUGAACAACUGCUGGAUGAAGAUUUGCUUUUCCUCGUGGACCGGAUGAUUCAGGUCCUUGGACUGGGCCAAGCCUUGAUAACCACAAUAUCUACACUAGAAUGUCUAAAGAAAAACACUUUAGCAGUUGAGCUGCGUGAAGAGUGCAAGAGAGCAGAGAUCUGUUAUCAGCUGAAGGAAGACUUGAAGAGAAGACACAGGGCCAUCUUCGAGGGCGUCCCUCGAGCGGGACACUGCAAGCCUUUUGACCAAAUCUAUGUAGAGCCGCAGAUUUCAACCUGCAGAUAUGGAGGAGUCGAUCCCUCUCAUGAGUUCCGUUCACCAUCAUGUCCCCAGGUCCUGGCUCCCGACAGCUUUAUUAGUUUGAACAAUUUGUUUAGACUUCAAAAGAGUGAUGGCUCAGCAGUGAGGACGGUGUUGACCAGUGGGAUUCCAGGAAUGGGAAUGACUGUUUCUGUGUGCAAGUUCUGCCUUGACUGGGCGGAAAUGCGAGCUAACAAGGAUCUGCAGUUCGUCAUCAAACUCUCAUUUCGCAAGUUCUGGAAUCUGCGAAAAGGACAUCUUCACUCUCUGGAGAUGUCCAUCAUGGAAUUGAUUCAAUAUUUCCACCCAGCGUGCAGAAACAUGUCGUACCUGGAGGAGGAGGACUGUAAAUAUCUCAUAAUUAUGGACUCCUUCGAUUGUUACCAGGCUCCUCUAGACUGGAAGAAUGCUCCAGUUAUAACUGAUCAUCACACUAAGGCACAUCCCGAUGAUCUCAUUGUGAACAUUAUCCGUGGUACACUACUCCGUAACGCCCAUGUGUGGAUUCUGGGCAGAGGAGCAGCUGUGUCACAAAUUCCUUCAAACUUAAUCGAUGUCGCCACAGAAAUUCAAGGGUUCAGUGAUGAGAUGAAAGACGACUACUUCACCCGGCGCCUUGUCAGCACCGCACUUGCUGUGAAGAUCAUUGAGCAUUACAAGCGAUUGCCGACUCUGAAUAUUCUGGCCCGUCAGCCUUUCAUCUGCUGGAUGAUUGCACAAGUGUUUACGCACAGUUUCUCCUGUGAGGACUAUGGGGAGAACCCCCCAAGGCUUACUCCGUUCUACAUCCACAUUAUGAUUAGCUGGUCGCCACAGGACCAACAUCAGCUGAAAAUGAUGGGGCUCAUGGCUUUAAAGAUGUUGGAGAAGAAGACCACAGUGUUCUCCGAAGAGGACUUACAAUUAUAUGAUCUGAGAACGACAGAGGUGACGGUACUGUCCGGCCUGUGUACGGAGCUCACAGCUUCAGACUCGGACAACAGGAGGACGUUCUGCUUUAUUCACCUCACCAUUCAGGAAUUCAUGGCUGCUUUCUAUGUCUUUUUUAUGUUCCACCCCGAGGGUAAGAACGUUCUGGGCUCAGGAUUGUUCAAGUUCAAGUUCAACUCAAAAGAACUGGUUCAGUGUGCUUUGGAGCGAACUCUUAAUUCACCUCUCGGGGACUACGAUAUGUUCCUGCGCUUUUUGUGCGGCCUGCUUUCCCCCGAAUGUCACUUUGAUCUGCUCAGCGGCUUCUAUUUCCCGCGCCACACCCCUAAAGUGAGUGGACUGGACAAUGUGAAGCAGCUGUUGGAGCACAAAAUCCAGACUGCUCCUGCAGACAGGGUAGAGAACCUAAAGGAGUGCCUCAGAGAGUUGACACAGCGAGAUGUAUGAACUGAGAUAUAGUAGGCUUGUUCUGUGUACCUACGUAUACUAAAUAUAUAGCAAAGCACUUUUGUACAUUUAGGAAAAAAUUUAGGUAGCAAGAGAUUUUCAGGUGUCGCAAGAGAUUGUUUUUUUUUUUUGGUCGUCUCGCAUAAUGUUUCUUUAUGAAUAAUGUCUAUUGUCUUGGGUUGCGAAGGUUUGUGACUUUUAAAAAGUUUGGAAAACACUGAUCUUUCUGAUCGGUCAUGAACGCAUAAAGAAAAUAUACAGCGUGAGAAAGAAAGUACGGUGGGCACUGAUAAGGAGCAGAGAUCUGCAGUGAGGUUCAAGACAUGACAGUGCUGAGCCCCCCGCAGGCACAAUGGGCAACAGCUGCACAUCGCUGCGUUUGAAAAACAACAUCAAAAGCAACUUAACCUGUCCCAUCCAUCCAUCCAUCCAUCCAUCUUCAUCCGCUUAUCCGUUAUCGGGUCGCGGGGGCAGCAGUCUCCAUGACCGCCACCCAGAUC